AUGAGACGAGAGUGUACAUGCUCUGUGUAUGGGGGGGCGAUCCACACGCACCGAGGACAAGAAGACCCCCCUUCCCCACCUGGCCAAACUGCCUUCUCCUCCGCCUCUGGUUCCGACGUAGACGAUGAGGACCAUCCUUCUCCGCCUCGUCAAACUAGUCUUGACUCCUCCUCUGGCUCCGAUGUAGACGACAAGGACCAUCCUUCUCCGCCUGAUCAAACCGCCUCCUCCGCCUCUGGUUCCGGUGUAGACGAAGAGGACCAUCCUUCUCCGCCUGGUCAAACUAGUUUUGACUCCGCUUCUGGCUCCGACGCAGGACAUACACGUGAUAAUUCAAGCCCCAAAGCGGAUGAUGAGGAUGUUUCUUUAUAUAUGUCACAUUCGGAGCCACAGGAACCCCCAAACCCCUCUACAAUAUUUACCGACUUAAGAGACCUACCUCACUCCACUGUUUCCCCAGGAGCUCGAAACUCACCCUUCCAGAACCAUUGGGACCCCGAAGAAUCAUUCGGUGCGAGCGAUACAUCAGGGCCUAUAGGUCAGAUGAAUCGUGGGAUUGCCGAUUAUUCCGACGAACCUGCUGGUGAUUUGGAUGAGUUUAGCUCAGAUUCCGAUUCGGGGGAGGAACUAGGAACUCAAGAGGACAUUGAUUUGUCUGUCAUCAGUGAGCACGAUGAAGAGUUCUUUGAUUUCCAGGAUCUGAUUAGUCGACUACUCACGAAGCAGGAGAUGCUGUCCUUUUCGAUACACGACAUUGCUCUGAAACACAAGAUAGCAAGAGAGGCAGCACUAGAUACAUUUGAGCUUUUCUCAGCAGUUCUACCACCGGAAGAGAAGCCUUUUGAGUACUGUACAGUGUGGGCCAGGAUACAGAAAAUGACAGGGAUCAAAGAAGUGUUGUAUGACUGUUGUCCAUUAAGCCACAUAUCUUAUGCCAUGUAUCCUGACCUAGAUCGGUGUCUUACCUGCGAGCACCCUCGAUGGAAGCCAAGCAAGAACCCCGACGAUGAUCCUUCAGCUGCACAAGCGCGCAAGCCCUACGCAACCCAUGGGUAUAUCCCAAUCAAAUAUAGACUGAAGCUUUUAUACUCGAACCCAAGUAUGGCUGCCUUGAUGGUAACAUAUCGUUACGGCGCAGAGCAGCAACGCGCAAGAGGAGUUCGAACAGACUUUUGA